UUACAAUAAUAUCAAAUUGUAUGUAAUUAAUAUAUAUUAUUUUAUACCAAUUGUUCAUGUACAAAAUGUUUUAUAAUGUCUAACUAUAACAGUGCACGUUGACUAAACGUUUUAAAUGCGUUUUAUUUGAUAAAAUUCGCGUUCGUUGAAAUUUCUAAUUUUGUUUUAUGUAAAUUUAUCACUGCUUGACGAUGUCUCUGUACGACGAUUUUGAUGCUGUAAAGCAAAAAUCCGAUGGUUGGUCUUCUGGCAUGAAACUUUUUCAGUCACAAAUGCAGUUAAAGAAAGCUGCCCAAACACAGCCGAGAAGAGAUGCAGCUCGUAAGACCACGUCGAUUUUAGCUCCAGUUAUUGAUUUAAAAAAAAAAGACGACGAUGAUUCCAUGUUCGAUCCAGGACUUGGUUUUACUCUUUUUCCCAUGACUAGAGAAGGCAAAAAAACACAAUGUCCGUCGUUUCCACCUAUGAACUGGAAUUUUGAUGGCAACGAAUACGACCCUAUGGUGCCCAACGAUUACGAAAGAGUAGUUAGAGAUUUACGAGAUAUGAGAGACAAAGAAAAAGAAAAAGAAGACGAAGAACGUCGCAAAAGAAGAGAAGAGCGUAGUAAAACUAAAGACUCCCUUAGUAUGACGGACAUGUCCGUAGGCAUGUCCACUCCUGGCGCGGACGACCGAAGAAAAUCCGGGUUCGCCGGUCGUAAAGACAGCGAUAGCGAAGAAGAAGCUGAUUCAAAACCUUUAGCUAGAAUACCGGGCGCCGCCAUUGCGCCUCCGCCCUCAUUACAAGAAUCGGUCGUAUCGUCUCCCGGACCACAAGCGUCCGGAACAGGGAUGGGCGGCGGCAUGGGAAUCGCCGCGAAAAUUAUGGCCAAAUACGGCUUCAAGGAAGGACAAGGAUUGGGUAAAAAAGAACAAGGCAUAUCGGUGGCUUUGCAAGUGGAAAAAACGAGUAAGCGAGGAGGUAGAAUUAUUCACGAAAGGCCAGGUGGAAGUUUAUCACCUUCUAUGGCUACUUCCGUGCAAGACGAUUUCGUAGCUCCUGCACCUCCGCCGCCGAAACCUUUACAAAGCAUAACCGAAAUAAUGAAAGUACAAUCGAAGGUCGUGUUACUACGAAACAUGGUCGGCCCCGGAGAAGUUGAUCAAGAUCUCGAACCCGAAGUGAAAGACGAGUGCAACACUAAGUACGGCGACGUCAAUCGAGUGCUUAUUUACGAAGUGCCCGACGUAGAUCCCGAAGACGCCGUACGAAUAUUUGUAGAAUUCAAACGCAUCGAAUCGGCAAUUAAAGCCGUUGUAGAUUUGAACGGAAGGUUUUUUGGCGGAAGACAAGUGAGAGCUGGAUUUUAUAAUGUCGAGAAAUUCAAUAAUUAUCAGUUACUUGAGUAAAAAAAAGCUAGCCGAAAUAUUUUACUCUUUAAUUUUUCACAAUCCACAAUUUUGAAUAUAUUUUGUACAUAAUCGAAUAGCUAUUAAAAAUAUAUAAACG